UGUGAAUAACAAAAUAUCGUUUGUAUCUGAUUACCAUUGAAUUAUUGCUCAAAUUGUGAAAAGUUUUAUUUGCUGAAAGAAAUGGCGGAAAGCGACAAUAAACAAAAUUCGAAUGCAAAUUUGCAAAUAAUACGUGAUCCUAAUUUGGCAAAGAAUCGAAUUUUUGUUGGUAAUCUUCCAACGUGUACCCGUGAACAGUUGGAGAGUAUAUGUCUCCCUUAUGGGAAAGUAUUAGGAUCACUGGUGCAGAAAAAUUUUGGUUUCGUUCAAUUCGAAUCAGAGGAAAUAGCUAAUAAAGUCGCUUCAUCACUAUCCAAAUCUAUAUUUAAAGGUAAUGUAAUUACUGUAAGGAACGCUGCAUCCAAGCAAGCUCCUAAGCGACCGGCGUCUGAUAACCUUGCACUUCCAACAAAUAUAAAUACCGGCUAUUUUGGAGGACCAGAACCUAUGCCAACAAAUACUACGCCCAAUAUGAAUCCAGAUUAUAAUGACUGUGAAAUUAUCGUAAUUGAUCGACGAAAUACAAAAUAUGCGGAAUACAUUGAACAGCGUCUUAAAGAUAUCAAUUUAAGAGUGGAUGUGCUUUUUCCGAACGAAGAUGUGCCACUCGGCAAAGUUUUAAUAAAUAUCUCGUCCCGAGGUUGCUUAUAUGCAAUAUUGAUAACGCCCCAGCAUGAAGAACACAAUAGUAUAACAGUCAACAUAUUAUAUGGUCAACCAGCAGAGCACCGAAACAUGCCCGUGGAUGAUGCAAUAAUGUUGAUAUCAAAAGAUUUUCGCCAAAAAAUGGCUAACGAUGUGAUGAAAAAAGCAUCAUUAGUUGCAUCUCUACCGAAGCCCAUGACUGGGGUAAAUAUGGGUAAUCCUAUGCAAGAAGAUCGCCAUCCCAGUGCUAUUCAAACGCUUUUAAAUUUACUUUCGGACAAUAUGCCGCUUACUGUUCUUCAAUAUGAUAGAAUAAUAAAAUAUCUUCAAGAACGGCGAGAGCAUCAAGUAAAAAUUGAACUUGGCGAUGCUGCAGAUAUAGGAACAAAAGUGCCCGAUCCUGAAAUUGAAUUGCAAAAGAGAAUCCUAGAUAUAAUGAAUAAGCCGUCGGUAGCUGAAACACAUUACAAGUUGUUAUAUCCAACGUUAGAAGCAGUAAGGUCCGAUUACCGAGCUAUGGAUCUUUUGAAAGAUGUUCGCGUACAGAAGGCCCUUGAAACCUUAAUGGAUUCUAGUUUGGUAGGAACCGUAGAGAACUACAUGAAAUAUUAGCAUAAUAUAAGUUUAUUAUAUUUAACCAAUUCAAUCAUAUUAUAACAACUUUGCAAAAUUAAAAUAACCAACUUAUGGCCAAGAG